UUUUCUCCUAAAUGUGCAAUAACUUCUUCCUCUUUUCUGUCUUCUGGUGGAACUGUGAACUUUACAUCUUUGUCUACUGAAAAUCAAAACUUGAAUUGUUUAUUGUCCCAAAAAACUACAACGUCUCGAUCAUCUGUGCUUGAUAAUGCAGCAGGAGAUCAUAGCUUGUGUGUUAAUCACCAGCUUGAUAUUUCUAAUCUUUCAAAUUCAGCUAAACACACAGUGACUUCAGUAACUUCUGUUUCCUCUGGUGUAGCCCUUAGCCUUAAACCUUCUUUUACUCCUAAGACUGAAACCCUCAGCCUUUCUCCAGAAUCACUUCUUUUACCCUCCAUCAAUCUCCAGUGUGAUAAACAAAACAUCGAGAAUACUCUAGCCCACUCAGCUCUUCCUCCAAGCUCAUCUUCAAACUUACAGUCUACUCAAGGGCUUAGACAAGAAAUAUCUGAAGAUUUUGAGUCACAGGAAGAUGAAUUGCCAGAAGAUGAUAUAUCGUUUGCCACGGAAAACUGUUUAUCACAACCAUCCGUACAGGAAAAACCACAAACCGUGGAGGAGGUGUCUGAAGCUCUCAAGAGCCAAAAAUCAGAGACUCUUCUCAAACAGAAGAAGAUGGCUUUAAUAUCUGCAGUCUGCUGUUCAUUGGUCAAUUCACCAGCCUUCUCAGACCCUUCAGAUCUCACCAGAACUGAAAUUCAGACCUUGUGUGAAGAUGUAGCAAGACUGGACCCAGAGUUUGUUCUGAAGGUUGCUUUGUACACUCGCCAGGAACUCAAUAUACGUAGUACUGCAAAUUUCUUGCUUGCUGUGUCUGCAUUCCUGCCAGCCUGUCGUCCACACCUGCGCAGGUAUUUUUGCCCUUCUGUCCAGCUUCCCAGCGAUUGGAUGGAGGUACCACGCUUGUAUCAGAGUCUGGCGGGGAAGGGAGAUAACCUGGCUGCUCUGCCACAUUGCCUACGCCGAGCUCUUACACUCAAGUUCAAAGAAUUCAGUGAAUAUCAGCUGGCAAAAUACAAUACACGUGUGCAAAGAGGGAAGCAUGGUACCAAGAAAAAGAGAGAGAGAGAAUCUAAAGUUUCUAAACCCUUGAGAUUUGGUAGAAAAUUAAGGGCGAUUGAGUCUUCCUUAAAGCUUCUCCAGGAACAGCGUGAUCAGGCUAAUUCUGCUUCCAAUGAGAAGAAAAAGAAGAAGAAAGAUAAAUUCUCUUUGAAGAGUUUGAUUCAGAGAUUACAUAUCUCUCAACCAGCUUAUUAUCAUGUUAUGAGCCUGCUUGGUUGCAGGUAUCCUAAAGACUUGACAGCCUUCUCACGUAGUGGUCUUGAGGGUCCCUGGCAGUCACAUUUGUCAGAGCAGAGAAUGAAGCUGAAACAGCCGGAGACCUGGGAAAGAGAACUGAGCAAGAAAGGCAACACUGGCCCUGUGUGGGAGAGUCUGCUAGACAACCAUAAAGUUCCAUUCAUGGCUUUAUUGAGGAAUCUAAGAAAUAUGAUAAGAGCAGGCAUUAGUAAGAAGCAUCACAGAGCAGUGAAUGCACGACUAACCAAUCAGCAUGCUGUGAUCCAAAGCCGCCUUUUUCCAUUCCGUUUCCUUUCUGCAUACAAAGUCAUCCAAGACCUGGAGUGUCAAGUUCAAAAAGCAGGAGACCCAUUGCCCUCCAAUGCUGUCCUCCUCCAGCGUAUAUUUCGCCGGGAAGGGAAGAAUAUUCCAAUGUUGGCACGCAACCGUUUUGGACGACGUGAGCUCAGAGCAAGUUUG